AGAGAAAGAGUUGCAAGCAACUGGGCGUAUUGCAAUGCAGAGGCAGAGAGGGAACAAGCUGCACACAUCUGCGAGUGCUCUCUGUCUGUACAUACAUGUAUGCAACAUUAAAAAAACAAAACUGGAUUAAGCGGUUUUGAGAUUGUUAUGUAAGAAUUGCAGUAGGCAACAAUCUUCCAGCUGAGUUUUAUUACUACCGAAUUGCUCUCGUGUUUUUUUUUUAUUUUUUAUUUUAAACUGCCCAUCGACGUUGCGAACGGAUGGUCUAUGGAAUGUGCAAGUGGUACUGAACCCUUAAAAUGGCAUUGGGAUUUGAAAAAGAUCACUUUGGCCAAGCAAGAACGCGUUGCACGAUCCGCGCUUGAGAAGACAAUUAGUUAGCCAUUAAUCAAGAGAGCGCAAAGUUGCGUGCGCUAUAUACCCUGCUUAUAUUGGAUACUGGCAGAAGAUCGCUUUGUUUAUUUCCACCGAAACGAACGAACGAGGAAAAGUGGCAAAUCGAAACGCACGCUUGGCAAGAAGGCGCACAGGACCAAAUAGUUUAGCUAACUUUUCUAUCUCUGUAGCCUGAGUAGAAGUUGAGGACACUGCUGCAAACGACAAGUACGUUGCACCUUCUUUUCAUCCUUCUUUUUUCCCGGCAAUGGAGAUCAAGCGUGUGGUGCGGUCGCAUCCAGCAGCAGAAUAAUUUCCUUGCGCCGACAGAUGGGCGAGUGAAAGUUUGCGGAGAUAUUUACUCACGCACGCGCGCGCGUGUCCGCGCCCGCAACCAGAAUAGCAGCAGCAGCGACGGCGGCGUCGGCAUCUGAUCGACUUGAGGAGAAGGGUCCGCGCGCGCACUUGAGCCCCCCGAUCAGGCAGCAGCAACAGCGGCGCCGAUCGCGCGCUUGCUUUCUUCAUCAGAAGCUGCUGCCCCCCAGUCUCUCUCUCUCUGUCUCUCUCACACACACACACACACUCACUCUCUCUCUCUUAACACUCCAAGAGAAAUCAAGACGUACGAUGGCUGAAGAGUUGCUAACCAUCACUAAUGGGAUUGUGCUGUGACUUGCUCUGCUGGAGGGAAGGCUGCUGCUACUCGCGUAAACAUCUACAGACUCGCUUGGUGUUCAGCUCCUUGGAGCGGGGAUGAUCAGGAUCUUCCCGGAUUUCAGCGUUCAGGUGACGGCUGCGGCCGGCGGGGCAACCGGCGGAGUGACAGCGGGUCCCGGCGUGGGAAGAGUCCCCGGCACCACCAACGGCACCGGCGCGAACGUCCAGGGCAUCACUUCGUAUCAGCAAAGCGACCCCUACUGGGAGAGGCCAGCUAAUGCCAGCUCCUGUUCAGCUACUAGGCCCAAGACACUCCACCUUGGAGGGCAGCAACAUACCUCAUCGCCAUGGCUACAAGCGUUGAGGAAGGAAAAGUCCCGAGAUGCGGCUCGUUCUCGGAGAGGCAAAGAAAAUUUUGAAUUCUACGAGCUGGCCAAACUCCUGCCGCUCCCGGGUGCCAUCACCAGCCAGCUUGACAAAGCCUCCAUUAUCCGCCUCACCAUCAGCUAUCUAAAAAUGCGAGACUUUGCAAAUCAAGGUGAUCCUCCCUGGAACAUCAGGAUAGAAGGGCCACCUCCAAACACUUCGGUGAAAGCUAUAGGGGCACAGCGCAGAAGAAGUCCCAGUGCGGUGGCCACAGACGUCUUUGAGCAACAUCUGGGCAGCCAUAUUCUGCAGUCUCUGGAUGGAUUUGUAUUUGCACUAAACAAGGAAGGAAAAUUUUUGUACAUCUCAGAAACUGUGUCCAUAUACCUGGGGCUGUCACAGGUGGAGCUGACCGGCAGCAGUGUGUUCGACUACGUCCACCCCGGAGACCACGUGGAGAUGGCGGAACAGCUGGGCAUGAAGCUUCCUCCGGGACGAGGCCUCCUCUCCCAGAGCACGACGGAGGACGGUGCCAGCUCGGCGUCUUCAUCGUCACAGUCGGAGACCCCGGAGCCAGUGGAAUCCAGCAGCCCCAGUUUACUAGCGCCUGACAAUACACUUGAGCGCUCAUUCUUUAUUCGGAUGAAAUCAACAUUGACCAAGAGGGGAGUCCAUAUCAAAUCAUCUGGUUACAAGGUUAUCCAUAUUACAGGACGAUUACGGAUCAGGAUGUCCCUGACCCAUGGACGCAACGUCCCUAAUCAAAUAAUGGGCAUGGUAGUUGUGGCCCACGCGCUGCCUCCUCCCACAAUCAAUGAAGUGAGAAUCGACUGCCAGAUGUUUGUCACUCGAGUAAAUAUGGACCUCAAUAUUGUUUACUGUGAAAAUAGAAUUAGUGAUUACAUGGAUCUGACUCCUGUAGACAUUGUGGGCAAGAGAUGCUAUCAAUUCAUUCAUGCUGAAGACGUGGAGGGGAUCAGACACAGCCAUUUAGACCUAAUGAACAAAGGUCAAUGUGUCACAAAGUACUAUCGGUGGAUCCAGAAAAAUGGAGGAUAUAUUUGGAUCCAGUCAAGUGCAACGAUUGCUAUAAAUGCCAAGAAUGCCAAUGAAAAGAACAUCAUUUGGGUCAACUAUGUGCUCAGCAACCCGGAAUACAAAGACACUCCCAUGGAUAUUGCACAGCUUCCCAAUCUCCCAGAGAAAGCGUCAGAGUCUUCCGAAACAUCAGACUCUGAAUCAGAAUCCAAGGAAAACUCAGAGGACAAUGAAAACUCCAAGUCUGAUGGAAAGGGGCAUCAAUCAGAAAACAGUGAAGACCCCGAGUCUGACAGCAAAAAGCAGCCUGACAACCAGUCAGACAACGAAAUGAACUGCAAUGACGAUGGGAACAGCUCCAGCAACCAGGAGAGCCGGGACAGCGAAGACAGCUUUGAGCAUUCAGAUUUUGAAAGCAACAAGAUGACAGAGGAAGAUGGUUUUGGCACUCUGGGAGCCAUGCAAAUCAAGGUAGAACGCUAUGUGGAAGGAGACUCGGCGCUGCGGCUACACAGCCGCGAAUCGGUGACCUCAGACAGUGCCAAGGACUCUGACAGCAUGGGAGAAGCCGGCACACCGUCUUCCAGUAAGCACCAGAAGAGGAAGAAGAGGAGGAAAAAACAGAAGGGCAGUAGAACGACAAGGCGUAGGCUCUCCAGUACAUCAAGCCCCAAUGGGCUGGACCCCGCUUUAGUAGACCAGCCCCAGCUGCUCUCCUCACCAAACAGUGCCUCAGUGCUCAAAAUCAAAACUGAAAUCUCAGAGCCCAUCAACUUUGACAAUGAUAGCAGUAUUUGGAACUAUCCUCCCAAUCGGGAGAUCUCAAGGAACGAAUCCCCCUAUAGCAUGACCAAGCCUCCUGGCUCUGAUCAUUUCCCAUCUCCACAAACCAGCAGCAGCAGUUUACAUGUCGCCAUUCCCGACUCUGUCCUUACCCCACCGGGGGCAGAGGCCUCUGGAAGCCGCAAGACUCCGUUCAACGGCAGCAGCACUGCGUCCUCCUCUAGCACCUCCUCCAGUCUUGCACCCGUCUCCUCAGACCCUCUGUCCCCGCCACUUUCAGCUUCUCCUCGCGACAAACAGCAGGGAACUCCAAGUACUUCCAGCUCUUUGCUGUAUGCUGGGGACCUGGAGGCCCUUCAAAGGUUACAAGCUGGCAAUGUGGUACUUCCAUUAGUUCACAGGGUAACAGGGACCCUUGCCGCCACCAGCACUGCCGCCCAAAGGGUCUAUACCACUGGCACCAUCCGUUACGCCCCAGCUGAAGUAACCUUAGCAAUGCAGGGCAAUCUCUUGCCAAAUGCCCAUGCGGUUAACUUUGUGGAUGUCAACAGCUCCAGCUUUGGACUUGAUCCCAAGACUCCCAUGGAGAUGCUCUACCACCACGUUCAUCGGCUUAACAUGUCUGGGCCAUUUGGUGGCGCCGUCAGCGCAUCCAGCCUGACACAAAUGCCGGCAGGGAAUGUCUUUACCACAGCAGAGGGACUCUUUUCAACUCUUCCAUUCCCUGUGUACAGCAAUGGAAUCCACACCACACAGACCCUGGAGCGGAAAGAAGACUAAAAAAAAAAAGAAAAAAAAAGAAAAACACUGAGACCAUAUUACUGUGUUCACUGUCAGAGACUCCGAGGCGUACGACUGUGUCGUUUCAUUUGGAAUAAGAAAAAAAAAACACUUAAGUCUAGCACUUUGAACCUGAGCAAGUUGGCUCAUGUUGUGGAAUUGUCCUCGUGUCUCUUUCACUUUCCCUCCCUCUCUUGUAUUUCUCAUCAUGUCUUCUCUCUGUCCACUAAACUUAAUUAUUCUUUCAUGGAAAGAGUUGACUUUUUUUGCCUUCAGAGUGUCAAGAGUGCAGACUCCUGCUCUUUUGUCAUCUUCUAGAAAGAGAAAAAACAAUGGCCAUUUUUAUUGUUUGUAUUUUGUGUCUGCAUCUUUACAAAGAUGCCUUCCAUUUGUAGACGUCUACUGUAAGGAUGCGAUUUUUUCAGUAAGUCAAACCUGACACUUCUUAUGUUUCUUGAUGUGAUCAAGGCUGAAGGAGAAAGGAAAAAAGAGAAAGAAAGAACUAGAGAAAGAAAGAAAUAGAGAGUGCACCCUGUUUAACUAAGUUAAACCCGAGGGGCUCUUCAAUUCUGAGGCGAUUUGCUUCAGUUGAUUGUUUGUUCAUUUUUUUGUUUGUUUUUUUUCCAGAGAGUUUUGGGGUUGGGUGGGUUUCGCACUUUCCUGCGGAAUUUUAAAGCCAACAGCUCCUUUCUUUAAAAUCCUUACUUCCAUGAAAGUAAAGCAAUUUGAGUUCAUUCCUGGCCUGGAAAAAGAACAAUAGGAAUAGCUUACUGCAACACUUAACAUUUCUCCUUUUUGAAAAUCAUGGUGCUACCAUUUAAUAACCUCCGUCUCCAUGACUGGAAAGCAUUUUGUUAAACAUUAUUAAAAAAAAAAAAAGUUGUUGAAAAAAGGCGGUUGUUUUAUAGUGGGUCACCGCUGCAGCUUGUCCAUCUUAGGAAAGCUAAAAAUGAAAAAGGCACGGUGGUGGUGGUGGUGGUGGUGGUGGUGGCGGCGGCGCAGUGCUUAGCACUGCUGCCUCACAGGUCCAGUGUCCAGGUUUUAAAUCUUGCACCUGGCUGUCGUCUGUGUGGAGCUUGCACAUUCUCCUCGUGUCCUUGUGGGUCCCCUGGUUUUCCUCUCACAUGCCCAAACGUGUGUGUUGUAGGAGGAUUGGACCAGUUUAAGUGCGCUUGGGUGUGCUGUGUGGCGGAUUGGCAAAUCCCCCCUCCUCUUCCAGGGUUAUUUCCUGCUUUGCACCCAGUGCUGCCAGGUUAGCUAUAAGCCACCUGAACCCUGAAUUGGAUUAAAAGAUACGAGGCUGAGGGUUAAUAUGUACCUGCUCUGCAAUGGACUGGCAUCCCUCCAGGGCUGUUUCCUGCCUUGCGCCAAGUGCAGCCGGGAUAGGCUCCGGGCAACCCCGCAACCCUAAAUUGGAUUAAGCGGGCUUGAGAAUGUAUGUAUGUAUAAAAAAAAAAAAUAAAUAAAAAAGGAUUUUGCUUCAAAACCUUACUUUACCUCUGAAUUAACAAUCAAGUUAACUUACUUCAGGAGUCCUGCAGCCUUUAGGAAAUUCUAAGACUUGGAUGACAAUGGAUUUGGAUGCAAUGGGUUGUUGAUUAUUUUUCCCUCUGUAUAACUGAGGCUAAUGUUCAAUAUGAAUCUCUGAAGAAAGGACACGGCUGUCUUAAAGGUUUUUAAUUCUAAUUAUGUAUUAUUUAAUAGAUUCUUUAUGGUUGGCAUCCACUUUAAGUAAUGUUAUUGAAUUAAUUGUUCUUGGAGGUUUCUGACUAGAUGUAUCAGGUUGUAACAGGUACAUGCAAUUAAUAAGGCAAAAAAAAUGCAUUUUAAAUGAAAAAAAAAAAAAAGUGUUCACAUUUAUAAUUUUCUCUAUAUUGCCAAAAUAUUAUAGCAGAAAGAUAUAUAUAUAAAUGUCACGAGCCAGUGUUAAAAACACAGUUGGGGUUGGUUUAAAAAAAAAAUGAAAGAAAAAGAAAAAAAAACAAACCAAACCUUCCACUCCAUCUUUUGGCAGCCGUUCAUAAAAGGUAUCUAAUAACAAACGUGAGAUCUGUAAUGUGUACAAUGUGUAAGUGUCCUUGGCUGUCAGUCUCAUGGCAAUUUCCGUGUUUGUUACUAUAUGCAGUAUAUACUGAGCUGAUGUAGCUGUUUUGUCCUUUGUCUUCUCUGUGCUUAAUCUCUAGUCCGGGGUAGAGUUGCUCUCGCCCUGCGCAGUCAGUCCUAGUGAAGCAGUGAUUCUUGGGGGUUAGUGGUUUUUGUGUGGUGGCCUUCCUCUGUAGUGUCACCUUUUGCUGCAUCUUUUGUCUGUAUCCCUUUCUGUUUCAGCUAUCGCUUUGCUGUUGUGUAGUCGACAGACCUCAUCUUGUCAGAGAUAAAAAAAAAAGACUCUGGAACUAACUCAAGGUUUAUGGAGCCAUUCUUUCUUUUCUCAUUGGAAGAAUUCUGGGUACAACUCCAGCUUCCAGCUUGCAACAAAUUUCUACUUUUCACAACAAAUUUGAAAGAAAAAAAAAUAUAUCUGAAAAUAUUAAUAAUAAAAAAAAAAAAAAAAAA